GCCCCCGACCGGACCGCUCGCUUCCCACCGGACCGUUCCGAAGCCACCCAACCUAGCGCGGUACCGCCCCCAUAAACACGGGGACACACCCGGCGCGCCGCCGCUCAUCGCCAUCCACCCGCACCCUCCCAAUUCUUCCCACGAAAACCUCCCAAAUUCCGUAGCCGAUCUCUCCCCCCCACCGGCGGCCGCCGCCGAUGGAGACCUAACGCCGGAUCGAUCUCUCCCACCGGCCCGAGGCGGGUGAGGCAGGGCGCGUCGCCUCCAUGGAGACCGAGCGGAUCCGUCACCUCCUCCUCCUCACGCUCCGCGCGCCGCACGCCCGCCUCGCCCUCGUGGGUGGCAACCACACCGCCGCCCGCUUCUGCACCCGCUAAUCCCCCCCUCCCUCGCCGGAAGACUCAUCAUCCUCUUCGUCUUCGCCACCGUCUCUGUGCGGUAUAGCUCUCUCUCUCGCUCGCUCGCUCAGAUGCCGGACGGCUGCGUGGUGAUCCGGCUCCCGGACCCGCGCGUCCUCCGCGUGAUCGCGCGCUCGGUGCUCCUCGCCGUCGCGCUGCUCUCCCUGGCCUGGCUCCGCGAUGCCGAGGCCCCCGCCGGGGACGCGCUCCAGGUGGGGCUCCUGCUCCGCGACCUCCGCCGCGAGGGCCUGCUCGCCCCCGGCGCGCGCGCCGUCUUCCUCGGCGCCGCCGAUGGAGACUGCCACCACCACCCUCCCGCCCUCGACGGCGACGACAUGCGACGCAUCACGCCGCGGGAGUUGCUGACGACGGGGGACCUGUCCGUCGACUUCGUGCUGGAUUUCGGCUACUUCGACAAGGACGGCGACAGGGUUGGCCUCGUCGACAGGGUGCUCAAGGAUGGCGGCAUCUUUGCCGCCCCAAUUGGCUCGGCGAGCGAGUUCCGCUUGCCGCCGAACUACCGCGUGGUUUACAUCCGUCGGUUCACCGAGACUUUCGUCGGGAUCAAGAAGAUUGCCCGCGUCGGCGGCGACAAUGGGAUUGCCGGCGCCAGAACAGGGAUGGCAGCGACGACUCCUGCUCUGAAGGAAGGAGUUCUUGCGUUUUCUGCUCAAACAGCUGACACUGCCCUCGCUGAACUCAAGAACUUCAGGAGGAAGCUCUUACUGCCUCACAUCACUGGAGCAUCAGCGGCUCACGCGCAUCAAGCGUGGCUAAAAUUGCGUCAUCGUCCAGUGAUUGCAGUUGAUUUCCCAGCAAUGUGGAAUGUGAAUAAGCUGCAGCCAGCACAUCCUCUCGUCCUUCAGGAUAAGGCUGUUCAUGGAGCGCAACAGCAGCAGCUCAACAGGAGCGUGAGACUGAACCCAUCUACAGGAUAUUGAAACGAAGCCUGAAUUGGAACAGGGAAAAAGCUCAACUGAAGAAGAGCAUUCUUGUCCAUUGCAAAUCCAGGGGGGUGAUGCUCUCUGCCUGCCAAAAGAAAUGGUUGGUUUGCUUUUUUCUGAAGUUCUUUAUUUAAGUUGUCUGUCGUGCGUGAUGAUUGAGUUUGAUGGUGUGCUACUGCUUACCAGUAUGUGUGUAUGCUUCGUUCGAUAGUCUCCAAUUUGUUGUUUUGUAUUCAGUGGUGACUGGUGAUCUACUGAUCUCCAAUUGCACUACUGUAUGGUAUCCGUUUGGAAUGAGCAUUGUUCGUCUUGAUCACCUAUCCUUGUUAUCA